AUGAAUGGGGGUACCACGGUGAAGGCAACAAGAGCCUAGUGGUGGCCCACGCGCAGCGUUGUGUGGUGCUUCGUUUUCUGAAGUUUCCUCCAAAUAGAAAGAAGACCUCGGAAGAAAUAUUUCAGCACCUACAGAACAUAGUGGACUUUGGCAAAAAUGUCAUGAAAGAAUUUUUGGGGGAGAACUAUGUUCAUUGUGGGGAAGUCGUUCAGCUGCCUUUAGAGUUUGUGAAACAGCUCUGUUUGAAGAUACAGUGUGAAAGACCAGAAUCUCGCUGUGACAAGGACCUGGACACUCUCAGUGGUUACGCUCUGUGCCUUCCCAAUUUAGCCAGACUUCAGACCUACCGUUUUACAGAGCACCGGCCCAUCCUGUGUGUAGAGAUCAAGCCAAAAUGUGGGUUUAUCCCUUUCUCCAGUGAUGUUACGCAUGAGAUGAAGCAUAAGGUGUGUCGUUACUGCAUGCACCAGCACCUCAAGGUGGCAACUGGGAAGUGGAAGCAGAUAAGUAAAUACUGUCCCCUCGAUCUCUACUCAGGGAAUAAACAGAGAAUGUACUUUGCUUUGAAAAGCUUGUUACAGGAGGCACAGAACAACUUAAAGAUAUUUAAGAACGGUGAGCUGAUCUACGGCUGUAAAGACGCCCGCAGCCCCGUGGCCGACUGGAGCGAGCUCGCGCGCCACCUGAAGCCGUUCUUCUUCCCGUCCAACGGCCUGGCCAGCGGGCCGCACUGCACGCGGGCCGUGAUCCGGGAGCUGGUGCGCGUCAUCACGCGGGUGCUNNNGAGCGGCUCGGACAAGGGCCGGGCGGGCGCCCUCAGGCUGGGGCCUGGGCUGCGGGGCCCCCUCGUCUGCGAAGCCAGCCCCUUCAGCAGGAGCCUGCGCUGCCAAGGAAAAAACACCCCGGAGCGCUCAGGGUUACCGAAGGGCUGUCUUCUGUACAAAACCCUCCAGGUGCAGAUGUUGGACUUGCUGGACAUCGAAGGCCUCUACCCUCUGUAUCGGCGGGUUGAGCGGUACCUGGAGGAGUUUCCUGAGGAGAGAAAAACAUUGCAAAUAGACGGGCCUUAUGACGAAGCAUUUUACCAGAGGCUGCUGGAUCUUUCCACUGAGGACGAUGGCACAGUGGCCUUUGCACUGACAAAGGUCCAGCAGUACCGUGUGGCCAUGACAGCGAAGGACUGCUCCAUCAUGAUCGCGCUGUCCCCUUGUCUGCAGGACGCGAGCUCCGAUCAAAGGCCCAUUGUCCCUUCGUCGAGAUCCAGGUUUGCCUUCUCUGUGUCUGUGCUGGACCUGGACCUCAAGCCCUACGAGAGCAUUCCUCAUCAGUACAAGCUAGACGGCAAGAUAGUCAACUACUAUUCAAAGACUGUACACGCCAAAGACGCCGCCGUGAUGUCGACCAGGUUCAAGGACAGCGAAGAUUGCACAUUAGUUCUCCACAAGGUCUAAUUUUUUCUCCCCUGUAGCAUCUUUGAAACUUGAACAUAGAAUGUGAAGGUUGAGUGAUAGAGCUAUUUUCUGUUGUCUUGGGUGACUUUUGGCUGUGAAUGCUUUUGCUUUUUAACCCCUGUUCAGGUGGGGCUGCCUCCAGGAGACACGGAAUGAAAUAGCACUAAGACAUCUUCCAGGACGAGGAAGGACGGACCGGAGCCCCGCACUGUGCUGUGUCCCAGGAGGCCCCUCUGGGCGGGUCUCCCUUCCUGCGCAGGGCUCCUGUCUAAUCUCUACAAAAAUAGCCUUAUUGUAAGACCCAAGGUUUGGCUCUCCUACCACCAGAACCCUAACAUAGGAAACUUGAAUUGUCAUGCACACCUUACGGUUUGGACUUUAAGGACAACACGGAUACUACUGGAACUCUCCCAGCUGAGUUACCCGGUCACUUUGUCAAUGCAAGCCACACGGCAGUGCGGGUCAGCGGCUCCCUGCGGUGGAGAGCGAUGCGCUGUUGGCGUGGACAUCAGUUCUGAGCAGCGGACUCGGGUCCCUGUGGACGUGCCCCACCCACCGCUCUGCACGGGGUCGGCAGGGAGCGUGGGACUCAGGUCAGGGGGAGACACCACUCGUGUGAGCAGUGACUUAGUGUGUGUGUGUGUGUGUGUGUGUGUGCGCGCGCGCUGAAUGAUUUUAUCUUUUGACUUCAAGGGAGACAAGGCGUUCUUUUCCACCUGAAAUUGCUGCUGUGGACGCGGGAAACAGAGCUGCCACUCGGCGCGAUGAUGGCCCCGGGGUGGAUGUCACGGGGUAGCUGUGCUCCUGCCAGCUCUGUGUUCCUGGCAUUUUGGGUGUUUGUGGAACUUCGGUUACUUCUGCAAGAGCCAGCACCCGAGUCUUCCCUCCGCCCCAUCCCUGCUCCUCCCUCGGGUUCCACUGACACACAUGGGGGUGGUGGCCUCGGGUGGUGCUGGGCCACCUCCCCGUCGGGGCUGCCCAAGGCCCUGCUUCCGUGAGAUGAGCGACUCCUGGCUGGCACCCAGAGGGCUCUUGUUGGGGUCACCAAAGUGUGCCCAGCUGCUAUGAAACCUGUUGGGAAUCUUGGCUUCAUUUUUUUAUCCUAUGGGAGGUUGUAUAGAUAGAUUAUUUAUAUCAUCAUUUUGAGGGACUAAUGAAGGCUUAUUGUAAUAUAAUAUUAUAAUAUUAGCAAAACCAUGGAAUUGUAUGAAAAAUACUACACGAAUAAUAAGGAGAGUAUUUUGCUGAUUGAUUGUAAAUUUUUUUGUGGGGAAUUUUGUGAUAAAUUGAGAAUUACGCUUAUUUGAAUCAAGCCAUCUCUUCUAGAAUUUAUUCUUCAGUUCUGUCCUACCAUUUCCUUCUUACGUCUCCACUUGGGAGAUACUCAGAAGACACACGACCCUCAUCUGUGUGUGGUGUGUUGGGGGUACAGGGGCUUUGGGGGGCUCCGCCUGUAGGGACGGGCGUGGAGCCACGUUCUCGUGGGCAGGUUGCAGGCUCCAGAGUGCGUGGAGGUGGGCGGCUGCCCAGGCUGGUUUGGCCUGAGGUGGUUCCUUGUUGGGGGCCUGGGGUGAGGCUGGUCUCGCCAGGCCCCAGGGUGUGCACAGGACCCCGAUUCCCUGUGUGCGGAGCCUUGGGGCCCUGGCCUUUCAAAGAGGCUGGGUGGGCGGCCUCCCGUGGCCCGUCCUGGCUGCACUGGGCAGACUGGAAACAAGCAGCCAGUACUUGGGGAAGGUGGAUGGGCGAGCAUCCCUGCUGGACGGCCCUUUUGGCCCAAGGCUGUGCUCCUCUCACAUGCCACCGUGCCCCCCCCCCCGAGGCCCUCAUUCCGACUGAAACAAUAUUUUCACCUCUUCUACUUUAAACUGGUGACUCAGGCCAGUGUAGCACUUAGAAUCUGGGGGACUUUAACAAAGACACUGUUUCUUCUGUUCCGGGACACCAGGGGUGCUAGGGACAAUGCCGUAUUGCUGUCUUCCUGCCUUUUUUAAGCUAACCGCUCUCUUUUUUCAUGUGUGGAAGCCACAAGCAGAGUGACUGUCAGAGGACGUGCUGCUGAGAGGUGCUCUGAAUGACUCCAAGAGCUGGGAGAUUGGGGGGGGGUCUCCUGGGGUAUCUGAGGAAUGUCUUAAGAAAUGAGGCAGCCUUGGCAAGAGGCCUGCCUCCAAGAGUCCCCAGGCGCUGAGUGGCAGGAGGAAGCCCGACCCAUGGGAUGGGCUGGUGCCACCUCUGACUCGGACCUGGUGUGAGGCGGGGGGCACAGCAGCUUCCCGCACCCCAGGACAGACGUCCACUCCUGUACUUUCUCAUGUUAAGUUUACUUUGAAAAAUACUAUGUCACUUGUUUGGUAUCUGGAAUUUAAAUAACUGUAUUUAUUUUUCAUGUCCUGACAACUUAUAUAUAAUGUGCCAUAAUUGCAUAAACACAUUCUAAAAAGGUAGAGUUUCUAAGUGGAAAAAAAGCAAAUGUUUAUAUUCAAUAAAAUCCCCCGCCUCCAGGGGCAGCAUCUUA